AUGUGGAGUAAUGUGACAAUUUCUUUCCUCGUCUCCCCGGACUGCAUUCCGUCCCCUCAGACACGGCGGACCCCUCAGGCCGCCAUGGCCGCGCAGGGCACGCCGGGACUUGUAGUUUCCACUGCGAGUGACGUCACUCGCGCGCUCCCGCGGGUGGGUGGGGCGCGCCCUCCCAUUGGCUGCCGCCUGGGCGCGCGGCGGAAGUGUCGCGAGGCCGGCACGUGGGGCCGUUGGGCGGCGGCUUUGAACGGGCGGCCGGGCGCGGCCAUGGAGGCGGCGGCGGGCGGGCAGCGGGCGCUGCUCCGGCAGGUUCUGGGCUGGCGAGUGGCCGCUGCCAUCACCUGGUCCGUGCUGCUGCUGCCCAUCUGCACCGCGGCCUUCAUCGUCCUCAGCGGCCUCGACCUGUUCCACCCGGUGCGCUGGAUCUCGAAUUCUUUCAAUGAUUUGUAUACUUCCUAUGUCAUCUUUUGUAUCUUCCUGAUGUCUGUGGUGAUAAUAGUAAUAAGCAUCUUCAACGUUGAAUUUUAUGCAGUUGUGCCAUUGAUACCAUGCUCUCGAUUAGCACUGAUAGGAAAAAUUAUUCACCCUCAGCAAGUCAUCCAUUCCUUUGUUCAUGCUAUCCUGGGAAUGCUGGUUGCUUGGUGUGCUACAAUCAUGACAAAAGGGAGGUUCCAGUUUCUUGCUGUGUCCUGCACGCCUUCAGAAAGCCUAGAAGAUGCUGUUCCUCAGAUGUGCCUAAAUGAGUAUCACCUCUUCUUUCUCCUUUCUGGAGCUUUCUUGGGCUACAGUUACAGCCUUUUCUAUCUUAUUAACAACAUGAAUUAUUUGCCAUUUCCAAUCAUACAGCAAUACAAGUAUUUACGUUUCAGAAGAUCUUUGCCUCUCCUGAUAAAACACUGCUGUGUGGAAUCACUAUAUUUUGUUAGAAAUUUCUGUGUCACCUAUUACUUUUUUGGUUAUAUUCCAAAGGUGUGGAUAUGCACCACGAUGGAUCUUCGUACAGACAGUAAAUUACACCCUCUUGACACUCUGAGUGGCUUGCUGGACGUCUCCCUGUUUUACCAUACCUGGCUGAGCGGUGUGUUUCUUCUGAUGACCUGGUGCAUUGCUUGGCUGCUCUUCAAAAUCUAUGCCACAGAGAGUCAUCAUUUUCCCAUUCAACCAACAUUUGCUCAGGAGACAGACCAGUGCCUGCCUAAAAUCUUAAACAGCAAUCCCCCUCUCCUUAUAAAGUUUUUAGCCUUACAGGAUUUGAUGUUACUUUCCCAAUAUUCUCCUGUUCGACGACAGGAAGUUUUUAGCCUCAGUCAGCCAGGUGGGCACCCACACAACUGGACUGCGAUAUCCCGGGAGUGUUUGAGUCUCCUGAGUGACCUGACUCAGAGGCUGAUUGCACAGCAAGAGGCAGCAGCAGCCAAUGGGAGAGCAAAGCCACCAGUGGGAGAGCUGAAAGUACCUCCACAGACUCCAGGAGCUGUUGGGAUAGAAGACAUGUCAUUCCAGGCACAGAGGUCCAACAUUGUUCUCAGAGCCUCCAUGUCUCCACUGGUUAAGCCAUCCCUGAUGCCUGUGAAGGCAUCUCCUGGCUCUGAUGCUGGUUCACCCUUCAGCUCUCCUGCUCUAAGUUACAAGAUGGGAGUUGUGGAUGUGAAGUCUCCUUGGCACGGAUCAGUCCAAAGUCCCCACGUGGUGAGAAGGGGACCAAAGCUGUGGACGUCGGUUUCAGAUCAGCAAAUGAAUGGUUCCCACCAUGAAUCCUUGCCAGUGCUCUCUGCUGCAAGAACUGGCAGCGAGGCAGUGCAGCCAAGAUUUAUCUACACAUGGCUUCAGAACAAGCAAGAACAGAUAAAAACCUUCUUGUCCAAACGGGCGCUGAUAAUGUAUUUCUUCAGCAAGCACCCAGAAGCCUCCAUCCAGGCUGUCUUUGCUGACGCCCAAAUGCACAUCUGGGCUUUGGAAGGUCUGUCUCACUUGGUAGCAGCCUCUUUUACUGAAGACCAGUUUGGAGUUGUCCAAACUACACUGCCAGCCAUCCUGAACACGUUACUGACUCUUCAGGAGGUCAUGGACAGACAUUUCAAACUGCCACAUGUUUCCAGCAAACCUCCCCGGAUUUCAGGGAGCCUGGUGGACACAUCCUACAAAACACUACGGUUUGCACUGAGAGCAUCUCUGAAAACAGCCCUGUACCGGAUAACUACUGUCUUUGGAGAACACUUGAAUGCUGUACAAGUGUCUACAGAACAUAAGAAAAGACUUCAGCAAUUCCUGGAGUACAAAGAAUAAAUUUUGGUGGAGCUACGGUUGUUUUUUUCAAAGCUCUUGCUAAGAAGAAAAUGGGACUAAUGAGGCUUUUUACUUUGGCUUUUUGGAAAAGCAUAUGGAAGUAUAAGUUGCAGAACAAAACUUUUAGAACUGUAGAAGAGUUCUUAGGGGUUUGGAUUAUCUUUUGUAUAAUAAAACUUGUAAUUUUUGCCA